GCGUGCGCAUCGCGAUAUCAUCGUCAGUAUCAUAUUGUUAUUAUUAUUGUUGUUGUUGCUCGUAAUCGUCGCGACGGCGUGAAAACAGUGCGAUUCGUUUGGACGUCAUGUUGAGGACCGUAGACACGGCGCAUCAGUUGCAACACUAUUGCGACGCGUUCGACGACCCUUUCGGCGGAACCACCGCGAGUCUGCAGUGGUACGACGACAGUGGUUACGGUUACGUCGCCGCGGAGGAACAUUCGGCCGAUCGUCGGUCGACGGCGUCGGCCAGCGGCGGUAGCGAUAGGAGUUUCGGCGACGGCGGCGGCGGUGCAAACGCUGACGCGGCGGGUAGCAGAAAGCGCCGGCGGUUAGCGGCAAACGCGCGCGAGAGGCGCCGCAUGAACGGCUUGAACAAAGCGUUCGACCGGCUCCGGGGCGUCGUACCCGCCGCCGACGACGAGCGCAAGCUGUCCAAAUACGAAACGCUUCAGAUGGCGCUGACGUACAUCGUGGCCUUGCACGAACAGCUCGGCGGAACGCCAUCGGUGGCCAGCGGCAGUCCGAACACUACGAAACCUCCAGCGACGAAGCCGUCCACGGCGGUCGUGCCCACGUAUUACGCUGAUUGUGGCGUGCCGCUGCUGUGGCCACCGGAACAGCAGUAGACGACGGUGGUAGUACGUUACGGGCCACCGUUAUUGGCGCAAUUUCAACUUAAAAACUGGAGGUGUCAAAGCUGCUUGUAUCAUUUUUUUUUUUUUUUUUGGACAGGACUAAAAAGUCAGACUAAAAAUUUCGUAAAUUAUGAGGGUGCUAUUUUCAAAACUGUGGGCGAUUAUCGCACAGAAGCCCCUCGAAAUUGCGCCCAUGCGGGUUAUGGUCGUCGAUUUUUCACGAAUGUAUUACACCUUAUAAUUAAUGUUGUAAUUUUACGGCCAACAUACUUUUUCAUAAUCAUUUUAGUAUGCUUAAUUAUUUGUUGAGCAAAACGCACCGGGAUGUCAUUAUUUAUUUUUUUCCUCGUGUUUAAUACUUUUUGACGCGUUUACACUCCGCCGUGUUGUACAUUUCAAUUAUUUACGUAUGUAUGAACAAUAAUAUGCAAUAUCUGUUUUACCCCAAAAGUUAAUUACGACGAGAACCCGUUUUUUGUCGACUGUUCGCCGAUAAGAUUCAUCAUUGAUGACCGCUUAUUACUUGUUCUCGUCGUAUUAUAUUAAUAUAAUCUUUACUUAUAUUAAAAAAAAAAAAUCAUGAUGUAGGUACUUUUUUAAAUCCCUGGCCGACCCGUUUAAAAAAUGUCACAUUACUUUAUGAAACUCUGAUUUAAUAAAAUAUUUUAUAUGUGUGAAUGUAGUCGCAUUAUACCUGUACAGUUUUUAGAGUUUUUGCUACAUUAUCAUAUUUUACCAAAACGAUCACACUCGUUUUAUAUUUUAUUUUAUAUUGUUUAUACAAAACGGGAAUGGACCGUCGUAUGGAUAUCAAUGUGCUGCAAAAAAAAAAUAAAUAAAUUUAAUCUAUAUUGUAAUAGUAUAUAUUAAUAAUUCGGACAACAAAACUUGCAAGUUACGAUGCAUUUUAUACCUACUAUAUUGUUAGGGAUUUUCCUCGGGUCGCCCGGAACAUAAAUUCUUACAAAACUAAUAUACUGCAGUAUUGAACGUAGUUCAUACACUAUGAGUUUUAUCGUUUUAUGAUUCUUUAACCACUACUUGUUUUUGAAAUUUGAAAAUUAUAAAAAAAUGUGAUGCAAUAUUUAAUUUCAAAUUAUAUAACAAUAGAUUUAUUAAUUAUUUUUUUGCGAAAAAAAAACAAAAUUCGUUUGUAAAAUAUUAUAAGUUAUUAUAUAAAUAAGCGUUGAUUUUUUUUUCGUUUUGUUAAGAUUAUUUUGAGUAAAUUAAAUA